AUGUCGAAGGCUAAGAAGACCGUCGUGUGGGAAGACCGAGAAGUGCUUUUCGAUUUACCUUUCAAUUACCUGAGGCUAAGGUUAGGUGAGAAGGUGUUCGAUCGGAUUGAACCCAUAGAGGACACGAAGGGUAACAGUGGGAUGAAGGGGCGCCUGGUCGUCACCAACCUGAGAGUCAUCUGGCACUCGCUCUCCUCUCCCAGGAUCAAUAUGUCGAUCGGGUUGAACUGUUUCAUAUCUACCAGCACGAAAGUGGUGAACUCAGGUUUGCGCGGCGCCACCCAGGCGCUGAACGUGCUCGCGGGCUACAGCAACAACCGAUACGAGUUUGUCUUCACCAACCUCGCUCCGAACUGCGUUAGGCAUUACACUUCAGUUGUAGGAGUCCAUAAAGCGUACGCCGCAUCGCGAAUGUAUCGUGAUUUAAAACUAAGAGGGCCGUUUAUACAAAAUAAGCAAUUACGAGUAUUGCCGCUUGAAAAGCUAUGUCUCGUAGAGCACGGACUGUGGAACUUAUCAAGCGAAUCCGGAAAUCUCGGCACCAUGGUGGUGAGCAACGUGAGAAUCGUCUGGUAUGCGGAUGUUAACGAUGCUUUCAAUGUUUCUAUGCCGUAUAUUACUAUUGAAAGUAUUACAAUACGAAACUCGAAAUUCGGCGACGCUCUUGUCAUUGUGAUACGAGCCGCUUGCGGUGGUUACGUGCUAGGCUUCAGGGCCGACCCCCUUGACAGGCUGGUCCCGUUGCUCAAAGAACUGCAGACGUUACAUCAGGCAUAUACCGAAAAACCUGUGCUCGGAGUUGAAAUGAAUUGGGGCAGCGAGGUAGCGAAACCAUGGCAAGACGAAUUAGAAGAUCUGGAGGAAAUUGGAGAGCCGAGAGGAGAAAUGGGCCCGAGUUUGUACUUAGCUUCACAGCAGUCCCAUAAUAAAGAUGACAUGGACGUACAGCCAGUUUAUAGCUCGUAUCUGGGAUUAGCUAUAGAACCAUUAAAACAAGGAUUCACUCUUAAAAGUUUAUUUGAAGUUCAAACAUCUACUUAA